CUUGUAGCUGUUGCUCUUUCAUGCUCACUUUUACCGUAUUGCUCCCCCAACAGGCAAAACUUUCUAUUCACACACACACACACUGACGUCUUUUGCGCAUUUCCUGCAUUAGAGAGAGAGAGCGAGCGAGGCAAAGAGAGGUGGGGUGGUGCUCAGCCCAGCACCACCGCGAGCCAGCAGCGCUAGCCAUCCAGAAGGCGGUGGUCACUCUGUGCCUUUUUAAAUCUCCAAAGAGCCUGAUCCGGAGCAGACUCCCCUCAUGCAUUGGAUUCGUUCCACUGGAUCCUUGGCCUUUGAGGAGGAGGAGGAGGAGGAGAAGGCGAGGAGGCUCCUCGAUCCUAUGCGGAUGUAAGGUCCCCGGGUGUGUGUUUUCUGAGCAGAGACUGUGAAGUAGGCAGGGCUGGUUGUUUGGCUUGGUGUUUCGGGUUUGUGUGUGUGUUGCUGCUGCUGCCCACAGACAGUACUAGCGUGAGCAAGAGCCUCGGAUCGCGGCUCUGCCUCCUUUGCAAAGACUGAUCCAGGAUUAUGAUCUAGGUGAAGGGAAAAGUCUGUUGCCCAUCCCAAGGGUUUAUUAUGCUCGGAUUUUGAUUGCAUUUUGGGGGGGUUUCUGCAAACACGGCCGUCCCCCCCUCCUUCCCUCCCUUCCUCCCUUGUUUUCCGUUAGAAACACAGGCACAUUGUAUGUAUUCACGGGGUGUCGCAAGAGCAAAGGCUAAAUAAUCAAAGGUAGCAGCAGCAACAAUAAGGGAGCCCCCACAUUGUGGUCCGUCCCCCCCCCCGCAGACCUGCUCCCCUAUUUAUUGGUGAGAUCUCCCUGCCUCCCUCCCUGUGCGUGUGAGUGUGUGUGAGUGUGCUUAAUCCCAGAAAAAGUGAAGCCAUCCAACCAUGGUGGUUUUUAAUGGCUUGCUGAAAAUCAAGAUCUGCGAGGCGGUGAAUCUGAAACCCACACCUUGGUCGCUGAGGCAUGCGGUGGGUCCCAGACCACAGACCUUUUUGCUGGACCCUUACAUCGCCCUCAACGUGGACGAUUCCAGGAUCGGGCAGACCUCGACCAAGCAAAAGACCAAUAGCCCUGCCUGGAAUGAUGAGUUUGUCACUGACGUUUGCAAUGGCAGGAAGAUUGAGAUGGCUGUUUUCCAUGAUGCCCCCAUCGGGUACGAUGAUUUUGUGGCUAACUGCACUAUACAGUUUGAGGACUUGCUGCAGAAUGGGAGCCGCCACUUUGAGGACUGGAUUGACUUGGAGCCAGAAGGAAGAGUAUAUGUCAUCAUAGAUCUUUCAGGAUCAUCAGGUGAAGCACCCAAAGACAAUGAAGAACGUGUAUUCAGAGAGCGGAUGCGUCCCAGAAAGCGGCAGGGUGCUGUGCGACGCAGAGUUCAUCAAGUCAAUGGACACAAGUUUAUGGCCACCUACCUUAGGCAACCAACAUAUUGUUCGCACUGCCGAGACUUUAUAUGGGGUGUAAUAGGAAAACAGGGAUACCAAUGUCAAGUUUGCACUUGUGUAGUCCACAAGAGAUGCCAUGAGCUUAUAAUAACUAAGUGUGCUGGUUUAAAGAAACAGGAAACUCAUGACGAGCAAGUGGGCUCCCAGCGCUUCAGUGUCAACAUGCCUCACAAGUUCAGCAUUCAUAAUUACAAAGUGCCCACCUUCUGUGACCACUGUGGUUCAUUGCUCUGGGGUCUUUUGAGACAAGGUUUACAAUGCAAAGUUUGCAAGAUGAAUGUACAUAGACGCUGUGAAACAAACGUAGCACCAAACUGCGGAGUGGAUGCUAGAGGAAUAGCUAAAGUACUUGCAGAUCUUGGAGUCACUCCAGAUAAGAUCACUAAUAGUGGGCAACGAAGGAAAAAGGGAAAAGGCAACACCGAGAACUCUGGUCUUGGGCUAAUUGCAGGUGCAGAAUCUCAGCAGCCAGUUCCUGGAACCACACCUUCAGAAGAAGACAGGUCAAAGUCAGCACCAACCUCUCCAUGUGAUCAGGAAAUCAAAGAGCUUGAAAACAACAUUAGGAAAGCUUUGUCGUUUGACAAUCGAGGAGAAGAACACAGAGCGACAGCAACAACGUCAACAGACAAUCAGCUUAAUAAACCUGGGGAGAAUGGUGAAAACGGGGAAGUCAAACAAGUCCAGACCAAGCGAAUGGGCCUUGAAGAGUUCAACUUCAUUAAAGUAUUAGGGAAAGGCAGCUUUGGCAAGGUCAUGCUAGCUGAGCUAAAAGGUAAAGAUGAAGUAUAUGCGGUGAAAGUCUUAAAGAAAGAUGUCAUCCUUCAAGAUGAUGAUGUAGACUGUACAAUGACAGAAAAGAGAAUUCUGGCAUUAGCACGGAAACAUCCCUAUCUAACACAACUUUACUGCUGCUUCCAGACCAAGGACCGCCUCUUUUUCGUCAUGGAAUAUGUAAAUGGUGGAGAUCUAAUGUUUCAAAUUCAGCGCUCACGCAAAUUUGACGAGCCUCGAUCCCGCUUCUAUGCUGCAGAGGUCACAUCAGCACUCAUGUUUCUUCACCAGCAUGGCGUCAUCUACAGAGACCUGAAAUUGGACAAUAUUCUUCUGGAUGCAGAGGGUCAUUGCAAGCUGGCGGAUUUCGGAAUGUGUAAAGAAGGGAUUCUGAACGGAGUAACAACCACUACAUUUUGCGGAACACCAGACUACAUAGCUCCUGAGAUCCUCCAAGAGUUAGAAUAUGGUCCCUCGGUAGACUGGUGGGCUUUGGGUGUUCUGAUGUAUGAAAUGAUGGCUGGGCAACCUCCUUUUGAAGCUGACAAUGAAGAUGAUCUCUUUGAAUCCAUCCUUCAUGAUGAUGUGCUCUACCCAGUCUGGCUCAGCAAAGAAGCUGUCAGCAUUUUAAAAGCAUUUAUGACAAAAAACCCAAAUAAGCGCCUAGGUUGUGUGGCGUCGCAAAAUGGGGAGGACGCGAUUAAACAGCAUCCGUUCUUUAAGGAAAUUGACUGGGUUCUUCUAGAACAAAGGAAAAUCAAGCCACCCUUCAAACCUCGGAUUAAAACCAAAAGGGAUGUAAAUAACUUUGAUCAAGACUUUACACGAGAAGAGCCAGUAUUAACGCUAGUGGAUGAGACAAUUAUAAAGCAAAUCAAUCAAGAAGAAUUUAAAGGGUUCUCUUAUUUUGGAGAAGAGCUACUGCCAUAGUCAGCAAUGGGCUGCUAGAUGAAUGAUGCUGCAAGAAGUGGUCCUAAGAAGAUCCUCCAGUUACUGAGACUCACUAGAUCAAGAACUACUUCUCUUACCAUGAGCCCGUAUCCCGAUUUAAACUAUAUAUUUAUUAUUUUCCUUUAAUCUUCUGAUCUGAAGGCACUCUUAAUUUCUGUCUCAGAAACAAUGCAAAACAAUUUUCUAUCAGAAAUUGUAGAUGUAACACACUGCCGUGCUUUUGCAAUUUGCAACCUUUCUGUUACUCAUAAGGUCUGCCAGAAAGGACACAAUUUGCAUCUUUUCAUGAAACAAAAAGAGCCAUACUGUUUUAAAACAGAGAUUUAGCAGAUUUUAUUUCUCAUCCUACAAUAGUACAUAAUUGCCAUACAUCUUUAAUUAAGAAAGAGAGCCAUUUCUUCUGCAUUGGUGAUUACAAUGAAGUUUGUACUCAGAUGUGGAGAAGACAGUUAUACACAGUUCUGUGGUAAUUGAAAAAGUCUACUUUCUUAGAUUUGCAAUUACUGAUCACAUAUGCUUUAACAUACUGGGGUGCAAGCAUAAUGUAAAAAUAUCCACCAAAAACAGGCAUAGCUAAUUUUUCAUGAUGAGUAGUUAGGAAUAUAAGGAAUCAUGAAGAUAAUGUAAAAAGUUGCUAAAUAUAGGAAAUCAGAUACUCUAUAGACAGGUAUUAAAGGGCUAAAGUAUAAGAAUCGAUCAGUUCUCCAAAAGCCUAUAAUAGCUUUAACGAAGCUACAUAGGUUUACUACAAAUUUGACAGGUAAUUGGGUAAACAUUACUUUUCUU